AUGUUUCUUCUUAUCAUCAUAGGUUUUAUAUACUAUGGAUGUUAUCGAUUAUAUCAACGCUUAUUUCCAUCACCUAAUAUUCAUCCACAUGGUCUAUAUGUGUUAAUCAAUGGUUGUAAUACAGAAUUAAGUCAUUUAUUAGCUAUUGAACUUGAUAAACAAGGUUUUAAUGUUCUUGCUGGUGUACAUAAUCAAGAUAAUAUAGGUAUACUCAAAGAUAAACUUUCAUUAAAAGCUACAGUCUUUCGUCUUGAUAUUACUAAACAAGACGAUAUUGAUGGUGCAUUUGAAUUAGUCAAAAACAAAACAGAUAUUCUUCAUGCACUUAUUAAUAAUACUGAAAUAAUUGCUGGUAGUUAUAUUGAUUGGACUUCAUUGGAAGUAAUGCGUAAAGUAAUGGAUGUGAAUCUUUUUGGACAUGUUGCAAUGAUAAAGAAAUUUAUUCCUUUACUUAUUGCUAAACCUAAUUCUCGUGUUGUCAAUUUAUCUUCUAUAUCUGGUCUUGUAAGUUUAACAGGUACAUCUGCUUAUUCGGCAUCGAAAUAUGCUCUUGAAUCAUUUUCGGAUUGUUUACGUCGAGAAAUGGUUCCAUGGAGUUUACGUGUUAGUAUAAUAGAACGUCUUACCAUGAGAACAUGUUUUCUUGAGAGUCCAGAUGAUCAUAUAAGAAAAUUAUUGGAUGAACUUUCAAAUGAUGUUCAAGAACGAUGGGGAAUUAAUUUUUUACAGAAUACAAUCAGAGACAUGAUUAAUCGCCCGCUAGUAUUCAAUAUUGAUGAUUCAAAAAAAGUAAUACGAGCAAUUAAACAUGCUGUUAUGAAUACUAAUCCUCGUAUUCGUUAUCAACCAGGUUGGCGCUCAAAACUAUUUGUUCGUUUUGUCCGCAUUUGUCCUGCUUAUUUAAUGGAUAAACUUUUGAAUAUAGAAUUCUCUGGGACACCAGUUGGUGUGUAUAAUCAAUUGACGAAUUAA